AAGGAGAGAGAUGGGGCGGGUAAUGCAAUUUCAUCCAAUGACAUCAUCACUUUUCCUGAACCCAAACAGAGCACGGGAGAGAGGCAGAGGAAGAGAGCGGCUGCUGCGGGGAGGAGGAGGAGGAGGAGGCGAGAGGAGGCACGAACAUGAGGAGACGCUUCCCUUCAGAAACACACGGACCGACCAUGGAGCCGCCGCCGCCCGGUGUCCGACACGUCUCCACCGACUGAGCUCCUUGGUGUUGUUGUCGGGAGACCGAGGUGCCUGACGGGAGACUCGACUCCCCCUCAUCGAGCAUCAUAAGAAGAGCUGAAACCACAGAUGAGAACAAUGUCCGACGAGGCCGAGCAGAGGAUGUGUGACGAGGACUUCGGUUCGGACGAGGAGGGCGAGGAGGCCGACGUGGAGUCUUACCUGGAGGACAACAGCGGCGAGCUCAUGGACCGGCUGAGGGAGCUGGAGGCAGAGAACUCGGCUCUGAUUUUGGCAAACGAGAGUCAGAGAGAAGCGUAUGAGAGAUGCUUGGAUGAGGUGGCCAACCACGUGGUCCAAGCUCUGCUGAAUCAAAAGGAUCUGAGGGAGGAGUGCAUCAAGCUGAAGAUGCUGGUCUUCGACCUGGAGCGACAGAACCGGGCGCUUUGCGAGCUGUUUCAGCAGAAACUGCCGAACCACCCCGCCGCUCACUAUCAGGUCCACGCUGGACCCCUCCCAGACUACAAUGCACAGCUGCACAAUGACUCGGCCAAACAGGCGGAGCCUGCACAGACUGAAGCACAAGCCAAGGGAAAUGGCUACCGCACACAACAUGCCUCCCCGGGCCCUCGAGGCCCAGCCGCCUCCAUGGAGGCCCUCUCUCCCUUCUUCAAGAAGAAAGCACACAUCCUGGAGGUCCUGCGCAAGAUGGAGGAGACGGACCCCCUGAAGUUCCACCCGUCCACCGCCAGCUUGUCUUUCUGCGACUACAGCCAGGUGCUCAUGUCCACGGAGGCCGUCCUGGCCACCGCAGACCCCCUCCCGUUGCAGUGCAAACCCCACCACACACACUGUCGCUGCUCCUGCUCCGAAUCGGACGCGCACCAGCAUGUCAACGGCGACGGGGCGGUGAAGUGCGAGGGAGGGAACACCUGCUGCUGUUUACGCUGCAAGAGGAGCCCCGACAUUCCUCCGAAGCCAUGCAACCACGUCUGUAGCCCUUCGAAAGCCAACUCCGCCACCCAGAGCCAUGCAGUUCCUGCAGCUGCUCCGAGCGAAUGUCACAGUAAGUCUGUUCCCCCGUCUAAACAAUGUACCAAGAUUGAAGCCCACCAGCCACCAGCAGGCGCCGCCGCCCACUCGUCGGUCACAGAGGCAGCCGAUCAGAGCCUGGAGGUGACGGCGGUGGAGCAGGAUAAUUCAGCAGAGGGUCGUCUCAUCGCAAGUGCCGCUGAAGAGCUCACUGGCUUCUGUCCGACCACCCACCUGCCCAGUUCUGUGAAGGAAAUCUCCCACUGUGACUUGGAAACGAGUGAUGGCGUUCACAAUGGCUUGGCGCUCCCCUCCGUCGACAACAGCGCGUCGAUCGACCCCUCGUCCAUCCCCGAGAGGGACAGCACAGAUCCGGAGGCCUGCUCUGUGAGAGCCAGCGCCUCCGUCAGCCCCAGCUCCUCCUGCCUCAGCGACGUCAAAGCCGCCGCCAUCAACUCCCCGUCCAAACUGCUCAAGUUUUUAAAGAUCCCCUCGAUCGGGGAGAAGUCUCAGGCUCCGACACCUCCCGUCCGGCUGAGCCCCCAGCUCACCCGCAGCUCCAGGAUCCCCUGUCGCACCAACAACUACGAGGUGUACCACUCUCCUGUUCCCACGCGCAGGGCCACCACCACCGAGCGGUGCAGGCAGCCCCCUCCACCGCCCUCCAGGUCGGAGUCCUACCCGGCCACACACUCGGCACCAACCUCCCCUCCGCAAUCCGAAGACGUCUGCACUCCGCCCGUUAAGGACACAAGCUACAGCAGCCUCUCUGCACCCAAAGCCAGCGCUGCUGGCUCAAAGAUGAGCGCUCCUUCCUCUGCAUCCUCUUCCUCGCCCAAAGUCUCCCAGAGGGUCCCUCACUAUGAAAAUGUCUGCGAUAUGUCUACCAACUCCAGAGCGGAGGAGCCAACCCAGGGCCUCGAGAAAAGAACCACCCUUCCAUCUCAAGCAAAGGCGAACGGCGGUGAGAGGAAGCUUGUCAAAUCGCUACCAGAGAGCGCCCUGAAUCCGCCUCCUCAGCGAAAGCAGUCGUCCUCCUCUACGUCGGAGUCCACGUCAGACGAUGAAGAGGACUCCGACAGCCCGGUGUGGGUCAACCAUCACAGCCUGCCCAACUCGUCCGCCCUCGGUCAGGGCCGAGCUAACUACUCACGCACCAGAGAGAAACUGGAGACUGACAUAAGGGAGGUCCCAGUGCAGAGCUCAGAGGUCGCUCAGCCGCCGCCACCUCCGCCUCCUGCCAGGAGGGGCGACUCCUCUUCGAUCCCCAAGAGGCCUGCGAGCGGGGCGGCAAGAUCCCAGGCCGACUCCAGUCACCACGCUUUCAAAGACAGGCUGGCUGCGCUGGGCAAGCUGAGGAGCUCAGAGGACCUACAGGUCGGUCUCAGGCCCGUCGACGCAGCGAGCGACGCCACCUGCGGGGAAGAAAGGAGUAAGACCGUGGAGAGGCCCAUGGAGCUCCUCAAGGAGGAGCAGAGACAUUCAAAAUACACAGACUCCCUGGAUGGUAAACCUAAAGGGGGCAGCGGUGGUUUGAAGUACCCGGGGUCGUCUCAGCUGUAUGAUCAGGCGAUGAAAUCUCAGUCUUCUGCUCCGGCAGUGGCAAAACAAGAACUGUGCGUGAUCAAGACCGAAGGCCCCAAGAGCAGAAUAGGUCUGCCGUCCCCCAACGCAGACGCUCCGCAGGUGCUACGCAACAACAUCAAGUGUCCCGGCUCCUUGAAUCUGGCCUAUAACCUCAAACCCGGUCCUCACGGUAGCAGCAGCCCCAACAAAAUCCCGCCGAAAUCGCCGUCCAAACCCUGCCAGGGCCCGUCCGUGCACAGGGGGACGAAGCCCACGGAGACCCCGCGUUACUCGUCCAAGUCGGAGGAGAGGACCAAGAUCGGCGGGAAAGGGAAAAAGAAUCCGAUGUACGGAGACAGCCUCCCGCCGCCUCCUCCGAGGCCGCCGACGUCUGAGGGGGAGAAGCCCCUGCAGCCGGCGCCCAGCCCGCAGUCUGCCAUCGAGCAGAAGGUGAUGAAGGGCAUCGAGGAGAACAUGCUGAAGCUCCAGGAGCAGGACCGAGGAGGGCCGGCCACCGAGGUCAAGCAGAAAGCGUCCAACGGCAUCGCCAGCUGGUUCGGCCUGAAGAAGAGCAAGCUGCCGGCGCUGAGCCGAAAGGCCGACGGCACCAAAGCGAAGGACGAGAAGAAGGAGUGGAAGAUAAACAUCCCGUCGGUGGGCAGGGACUCGGUGAAGAUGGCCACCAGGUGCAAAGAAGGCGUGGAGGGCCUGAACAUCUCCACGCUGAUGGAGAAGGCGGAGGGGCUGAGGAGGGCGCUGGAGGAGGAGCGGGCCUACGUGGAGAGGUCGGGCCGGGGCCACUCGUGCGAGGUGGUGAUGGACCCGGCCCAGGGACAGCUGGCGGUCAUGUACAGGGGGGCGCGCUCGGACAACUUCAUGCAACAGCUGCUGAACAGGGUGGACGGGAAGGAGGCGAUCAGCGUUCCCCAGCGCCGGCUCUCGUUCGACUGCAAGACCUCAAAGCCGGUGUUUGCUCAGCAGAGCGACGUCAUCGGUCACAUCACCUGUCGGGACGAUAUGGAGAAGGGAUCAGAAAGAAUCGGCAAGAUCACGUCGGACGAAAACCUCGCGGAUUCCGUUCACUCUCAACUCUUUGCAGGUUCUGGUGCGUCCACGUACACCCUGGACAGCGGCAUCGGCACGUUUCCCCUGCCCGACUGCAGCAGCGGCGCGGCGGGACGCAGUCUGUCGAAGACGAGGGCCGGUGCCGAGCACCACUCGUCGGGCUCGCCGGGGCGGGCCGGCCGACGGGCCCGCACCCUGGACCGAGAGCUGACGCCGCAGGAGGAGUGCUACACGCCGCACAAACAGCUGAUUCCCACCAUACAGUACGGCGCCAUGCUGGAGGGACGAGGCUCCGCCGGCGUCAUCCGCGAAGAUAAAGACGCCCACGGGGCGAACAUGUUUUCCCCUCGCUCCAAGACUUGGACCUUCCCCAACCUCAAGACUCCGGCGGGACCUGCGGAGGUGUACCUGGCAGUGGAGGAGGAAGAGGAGGAGCCCGUGUCCUUCGGCUCACCGUUCAGAGGGAGCGUGAAGGCCGGCGGUCCCUCCGCCAGCCGGGUGGUCGACCCCGGCAGCCUGCCCGUCCCCGCCCAGUCCGGGAUGAGCCGCAGGGGGAAGAGCCGCACCCCCAGCGUCCCCGAGAUGAGCCGCGAGGCCGGGCUGGAGCUGCUCAGGGAGAGGCCGGAGGAAGCCCUCUCCCCGAGCCGCCCCCAGGUCCUGGAGACCCCCGAGUCUCUCAGCGACUCCCUGUACGACAGUCUGUCGUCCUGCGGCAGCCAGGGAUGAUCCCCACAGAGGACUGGGUGGGGGGCAGAUACUGGUCUGGUCCACGGACUGUGAGGCCCCACGCACCGCUCUGAACUCGUCUCCUGCUCGCUGGCUGAACUGUGAUGCUGCUGGACCCGCCGCCACCGCCGCCUUCGAGGAAAACAAACUGUGCCCUGUUGAUGUCCGCAAAGAAUGAUCUGGUGAUCAUCUCAUCAGCCGUUUCUCUGUUGCAACUGGAAAGAUGGAUCCAUAGACUCCUCCUCAGGAUUUCCAAUAAACGUGAAGCCAGAAGCCGCCCGAAUGAUAUAUAGGUUCAGAAUGAUAUAUAGGUUGUUCACUUUUUUUUUUUUUCCACAAUCAGACUCGACUGUGGACGCUUCUCUUUAAAUUCAUGUAUGCAGGACAACAAGACGCAUGGCCAAGCUAACGAUUUAGCACAAAACGUCGUCACUCUCCCGGUGUAGCUGUUCAGCAACUCGUCUUUUAUUGUUGUUUUUGUUUUUUUUCUCUCAUCCUGGUCGACGUGUCGUCGACGCACAUCACGGAAGCGGUGAAGCGCUGAUCAGGUCAACAGCUGACGUACUGUACUGUAUCAAUACAUCCGUUCUGUUCUCGACAUCUCUUCAUUGCAUCAUUUAUUGGAAAAAAAAAAAACGACAAAAAAAACAUGGAGCUUCGAAAAAAACGAAUGUUCAUUGUCUGUGAUUCUUAAUCGCUCAACUCAUGCAUCACAAUUUUAAAUGUAUAAACGAUUUUAUUGAUCAUGUCGAUAUUGUUUUGUUUUUUUAGACCGAGGAAGGUCGUCAGAAUGCGUCCGUUCUGAAUCAUGCUACAUUUAAAGGUAAUAUAUACCAGCAAUAAUAACAUAGAAAAGAGAAAUGGCUACACUAUUCAAUGAAUAUGUAUUUCUAUUAUUUAUUUAUUUUAAAAUGUACAUCAUUUGCAAGUCAUCUUUUAUUUUGUAAUCUCUCUCUCUUUUGCCGUCUCCUCGCUUAGUAGAUUGUUUCAUAUCUUGUAUUUCAACAUCUCUGUUGCCGUUUGUUCCCUUAGCCGAUAGAGGUCCGACGUACCUACUGCCGUUUUUCAACUUUCUAAUUAAAAUGUUUUGAUUUA